UAAGUGGCUCGCCGGGGGCUGACGAGUGCACCAUGGCGGCCGCUGCAGCCUCACCCGCGCUGAAGCGGCUGGAUCUGCGCGACCCUGCGGCUCUUUUCGAGACGCAUGGAGCGGAGGAGAUCCGCGGGCUGGAGCGCCAGGUUCGGGCCGAGAUCGAGCACAAGAAGGAGGAGCUGCGGCAGAUGGUGGGCGAACGGUACCGCGACCUGAUCGAGGCGGCCGACACCAUCGGCCAGAUGCGCCGCUGCGCCGUGGGGCUGGUGGACGCCGUGAAGGCCACUGACCAGUACUGCGCCCGCCUCCGCCAGGCCGGCUCGGCUGCACCCCGGACCCCGCGGCCCCCGCAGCCACAGCAGCCAUCCCAGGAGAAGUUCUACAGCAUGGCUGCCCAGAUCAAGCUACUCUUAGAAAUUCCUGAGAAGAUCUGGAGCUCGAUGGAAGCCUCUCAGUAUCUCCAUGCCACACAGCUCUACCUGCUCUGCUGCCACCUUCACAACCUGCUCCAGCUGGAUUCUUCUAGUUCCCGAUACAGUCCCGUCCUCUCCCGGUUUCCUAUACUCAUCCGGCAGGUGGCAGCUGCCAGCCACUUCCGGUCAACUAUUCUGCAUGAAAGCAAGAUGUUGCUCAAAUGCCAAGCCGUGUCUGACCAAGCUGUGGCCGAGGCCCUGUGCUCUAUAAUGCUGUUAGAAGAGAGUUCUCCUCGCCAAGCCCUCACAGACUUCCUGCUGGCCAGAAAGGCAACUAUUCAGAAACUUCUCAACCAGCCACACCAUGGUGCUGGUAUCAAGGCUCAGAUUUGCUCAUUAGUGGAGUUGCUGGCCACCACUCUGAAGCAAGCUCAUGCCCUUUUCUACACUUUGCCAGAAGGACUGCUGCCAGAUCCGGCCCUGCCAUGUGGCUUGCUCUUCUCUACUCUGGAGACCAUCACAGGCCAGCACCCUGCCGGAAAGGGCACUGGUGUCCUGCAGGAAGAGAUGAAACUCUGCAGCUGGUUUAAACACCUGCCGGCGUCCAUCGUCGAGUUCCAGCCAACACUUCGAACUCUUGCACAUCCCAUCAGCCAGGAAUACCUGAAAGACACACUGCAGAAAUGGAUCCACAUGUGUAAUGAAGACAUUAAAAAUGGGGUCACCAACCUGCUUAUGUACGUGAAGAGCAUGAAGGGCCUCGCGGGAAUCCGGGACGCUAUGUGGGAGUUACUCACCAAUGAGUCCACCAAUCACAGCUGGGAUGUGCUGUGUCGGCGGCUUCUGGAGAAGCCACUUUUGUUCUGGGAAGAUAUGAUGCAGCAACUGUUCCUUGACCGAUUACAGACUCUGACAAAGGAAGGCUUUGACUCUAUCUCCAGUAGCUCCAAGGAGCUCCUGGUUUCAGCUUUGCAGGAACUUGAAAGCAGCACCAGCAACUCCCCUUCAAAUAAGCACAUCCACUUUGAGUACAACAUGUCGCUCUUCCUCUGGUCCGAGAGUCCUAAUGACCUGCCUUCCGACGCAGCCUGGGUCAACGUGGCAAACCGGGGUCAGUUUGCCAGUAGCGGCCUCUCCAUGAAAGCACAAGCCAUUAGCCCUUGUGUACAGAACUUCUGUUCUGCCCUGGAUUCUAAGCUGAAGGUUAAACUAGAUGACCUCCUGGCUUACCUCCCCUCUGAUGACGCAUCACUGCCCAAGGACGUUUCUCCCACACAGGCCAAGAGCUCUGCUUUUGACAGAUACGCAGACGCAGGGACUGUGCAGGAGAUGCUGCGGACUCAGUCCGUGGCAUGCAUCAAGCACAUCGUGGACUGCAUCCGGGCAGAGCUGCAGAGCAUUGAAGAAGGUGUGCAAGGGCAACAGGAUGCCCUCAACAGUGCUAAGCUGCACUCAGUUCUUUUCAUGGCCAGACUCUGCCAGUCCCUGGGAGAGCUGUGCCCCCAUCUGAAGCAGUGCAUCCUGGGAAAAUCAGAGAGCUCGGAGAAACCAGCAAGGGAGCUUCGGGCUCUGAGAAAACAGGGAAAGGUGAAAACUCAGGAAAUCAUUCCUACACAGGCCAAGUGGCAAGAGGUUAAAGAAGUACUCCUCCAGCAGAGCGUGAUGGGCUACCGGGUCUGGAGCACUGCAGUUGUGAAAGUUUUGAUUCAUGGAUUCACCCAGUCAUUACUUCUAGAUGAUGCUGGCUCAGUCCUGGCCACAGCCACCAGCUGGGAUGAGCUAGAAAUUCAGGAGGAGGCAGAGUCUGGCAGCAGCGUCACAUCCAAGAUCCGACUCCCUGCACAGCCAUCCUGGUAUGUACAGUCCUUCCUGUUUAGUUUAUGCCAGGAAGUUAAUCGGGUUGGAGGCCAUGCCUUGCCAAAGGUGACAUUACAGGAGAUGCUGAAAAGCUGUAUGGUUCAAGUAGUAGCUGCCUAUGAGAAACUUUCCGAAGAAAAACAGAUUAAGAAAGAAGGUGCAUUUCCAGUCACCCAGAACCGGGCGCUGCAGCUGCUUUAUGAUCUGCGUUACCUCAACAUUGUUCUGACAGCCAAGGCUGACGAGGUGAAGAGUGGCCGGAGCAAGCCAGACUCCAGAAUUGAGAAAGUGACUGACCACCUGGAAGCCCUCAUUGAUCCAUUUGACCUGGACGUUUUCACACCACACCUUAACAGCAACCUUCAUCGCCUGGUGCAGCGAACUUCUGUUCUGUUUGGAUUGGUGACUGGUACAGAGAAUCAGCUCGCCCCCCGGAGCAGUACGUUCAACUCCCAAGAACCCCAUAACAUCAUGCCACUAGCGUCCAGUCAGAUCAGGUUUGGACUUCUCCCACUGAGCAUGACAAGCACUCGAAAGGCUAAAUCAACCAGAAACGUCGAAACAAAAGCCCAGGUUGUCCCCCCGGCACACUCCACAGCUGGUGACCCGACAAUUCCUGGCUCCUUGUUCAGACAGCUCGUCAGCGAAGAAGACAACACGUCUGCACCUUCAUUAUUCAAACUGGGCUGGCUCUCUAGUAUGACUAAGUAACAUGGCAACACGUCUGUCUCUCCCUAAAUAAAUACUACCACAUUAUUUCUUCUAAA